AUGUUCUGUGUGGCGUAUCACCUGGCUUAUUUACUGAUCCUGUACAUAAUACAACCAUGUAUCGGAGGGAGUCGUACAUUACACAAACCUGGGGGACUUACGUACCUUCACACAGAGAUAAAUGAGAUUCAUUUCACCAAUAUUACUUUCACAACAAGCCAUGACAGAGAGAGUGCCCGUGGCAAGCUUCCAGAGAUACUUCCAAUCUCCUUCAAUGCACGUGUCCGUGUCCGUGAUACUGUUUUAUCCCUACAUUUUUAUAAAAAUCCCAAACUUUCGUCCAAUGUGCCAGUCUAUCUUCGUGAUGCCACCUCUAGAAUUACUGCCCAAAGGGCUAGCGAUCAGUUACCCAACGCAUUUUAUCAGGAUGUGAGUCACAUGGCCUCCAUGCACGUGGAAUGUUUGAGUAAUGUCGAUGAGGAGCGGUGUAGUGAAUUUGAGUUUUUUGGAACGUUCUACCUAGGACAAGAGAUUUAUAUCAUAGAGUCAGAGAGUGGUAUGAAUCAUAGAACCAAUACAACUCGUUCCUGUACCAUUACUCAACCCUUUGUACCUCUUCGUUUUGUCAACGAUCACAGCUCAGAACAUUUGACAAGCAGUUUCUCAACACAAGGCAGAACGGGUCGAAGUAAGAGAGCCAGUGGGUUGUACAGAGUGGAACUCUUCGUGGUCGUCGAUUAUUCAGUAUAUAAAUAUUGGUAUGAUGCCAGUUCACAGACCUCUAUUCAAGGACGAAAAAAUGAUGCUCUGAACACAAUAAAAACAUUUGUCGCCUUCCAUAUCAACGGGAUUGAUGCUCGAUAUGCUUCACUGAAUUUAGGAUACACAAUGGAUGUCAGCUUUGCAGGAAUUUAUAUUGCUGAGAAUAUAACCAGUUCCCCGUGGACAGAGCCAGUGAAGACUGUAAGUAACACAGUUAAUGUUGUCACCGUCAUCAACAACUUCAGGCUGUGGAUACAAGCAGAAACACAGGCUGAGAAUAUCCCUGCCCAUGACCACGCCAUGCUCUUUAGCAGGUAUAACUUCAUAUCAAAUGGAGAUGACGGAAAUAUAGGUUAUGCCUUCCAGGCUGGAAUGUGUUCUGAUAACAGCCAGUCCAUUGUAGAGGACCAGUUCAACUUCAUCGUAGAAACUACAGCUGCACAUGAACUUGGACACAGUUUAGGGGCAAAACAUGAUGGUGUGGACAAUAACUGUCUAGCUAAUAAUGCAUAUGUCAUGGCUGCAUCAAGUUCUUCACAGACCGGUACUUCUGCUCGACAUCCCUGGAUAUUCUCUAGCUGUUCUGUCAUUGAAAUAAAUAACCUGCUGGAUAACUUGGACAGCAAUGGAAACAAUUGUCUCCUCACCACCGACUCCUCGACCAAUCCUGACGAGUUAAACCCUUACACUGUGACAGAGAUCGGCCAAUUGUUCAACGUUAAUCUUCAGUGUGAGUUGGCUGUAGGUCAAGGAUCGUACAUUUGUUUGCAAUUUUACACAGAUUUUGAGACAAUCUGUACCGGAUUAUGGUGUAAAACUUUAUCAUCCUCCUCGUGUACACUAAUCUUACCAGCUGAUGGAACAACAUGUAAUACAGCAAAGUGGUGUCAACAGGGAAACUGUGUGGCUUCAAACAGUGCACCUACACCACCUAGUACAUGUCUAUAUGGUGACUCCAAAGGUGUUGUGUACAACACUUUAACUUGUCAGGAUAUGGCAAAACUUUCACCCUGGGGCUGUUAUUCCUACAACUCCAGCUGUUGUGACACAUGUCAGUCUUUAUACACCGGACAGAAUGGUUGUGAAUAUGGAGAUAAAACAAACUGUACACAAGUAUCGGCCAAUCAGUGCUAUGCUGGAACAAAUGCUGAUAUCUGCUGCAGGAAAUGUCAGAGUUUCAAUACAGGAAUUCAAGGUUGUGAAUAUGGUGAUCGAACGAAUUGUACAGGAGUGACAGGCAGUCAGUGUUAUGUUGGAGACAACUCAAACAUUUGCUGUCAAACAUGUCUCACCUUCUACACAGCCAUUCCAGGCUGUUUGUAUGGCGACAAAGCCCUUGGUUGUCAACAAGGAAUGUGUCGUUUUUAUAACCAAGCAGAUUUAGAUAGCUGUUGUUUAACUUGUUAUAAUGGAACCUUACCAUCAACACCAGGGCUCACAACAACAUCAAAACCCGUAACAACACCAGUGCCCACCACCCAGGAAACAACAGUGGAGGCACUGCCAACAACAACCACCACCAGCACGACAGAAACACCAGACCUAACAACAAUUGUUAGUUCUUCAUCUGACACAACCGUACCUAUCAACAGCACCACCAGCUCUGGUAGAGAAAAUCCUCAAGGGUGGGUCAUUCCUGUCGUAGCUACGGCUGUUGGUGUUGUCUUUAUCCUGGUCCUGGUUGGUACUAUUUGUUAUUUUGUCCGUACCAGGAAGGCGAAGACAGCAAAGGCCACAGGAAGAGGACCAUCAACCAUUUCUCAGCAUGACUUUGGUGGAGCCCGAACACAGUCCUUCAGUGGUAUAGCUAACAUAGCAUAUCAGGUGGAAUCUGUUCCUGGACCUGAUCACUACGAUUACAUCUCACCUCAAAAUGUCAGUGGACCUCGUGUAUCAAAGCAAAUGGUACCACCUGGUUGUCCACUGCCACGUCGACCUCCACAGCCCUCUAUCAAACCAAGCACAGGGCCACACCCAUCUUCCAUCAAAUCACAUGUUUCUCAUGAAUAUGUAGAAGUUACUGACUAUCAGGCGCUAGGGCCACGACACAGUACAAAGUCCACCGCAUACAAAUCUUUGAAAAAUCCUAAGAGUGGAGCAGAGAAUUCAGUUUGA